GCGGAAGAAAUGUGGACUGUGUAGAGAUGAGCGACACUUAUCUCCGAUGUUGGAUUUUUGCUUGGAAAAACUUGUGGGUACGACCUUGGCUGCCCCAAAGUGUAGCUCCAGCGCUGUGAGGUUUCAAGGGUUGGCAGAGGGGACCGAAGGGACCAUGAAAAUGGACAUGGAGGACGCGGAUAUGACUCUGUGGACAGAGGCUGAGUUUGAAGAGAAGUGUACAUACAUUGUGAAUGAUCACCCCUGGGAUUCUGGAGCCGACGGAGGGACUUCGGUUCAGGCAGAGGCCUCCUUACCCAGGAAUCUGCUUUUCAAAUAUGCCUCAAGCAAAGAGAUUAUUGGAGUGGUCAGUAAAGAAUACAUACCAAAGGGAACACGGUUUGGACCUCUAAUAGGAGAGAUCUACACCAAUGAUACAGUUCCCAAGAACGCCAACAGAAAAUAUUUUUGGCGGAUCUACUCCAGAGGGGAGCUUCUCCACUUCAUCGAUGGCUUUAAUGAGGAGAAAAGCAACUGGAUGCGCUACGUGAAUCCGGCGCACUAUGCCCGGGAGCAGAACCUGGCUGCGUGUCAGAACGGGAUGAACAUCUACUUCUAUACCAUUAAACCCAUUCCUGCCAACCAGGAGCUUCUUGUGUGGUACUGUCGGGACUUUUCAGAAAGACUUCACUACCCUUAUCCUGGAGAGCUGACAAUGAUGAAUCUCACGCAGACACCCAGCCACCCGCGGCAGGGCCCCGAGAAGCCGCUCCCGAAGAGGGAGCACAGCGUGAAGGAAAUCCUGCGCAUGGACUGCGCCCCCUCCAAAGGCAAGGACUUCCACCGCUCCAGCAUUUCACCCCUCGCUUCAGAAAAGGACGCAGACGACUUCAGGAAAAACGGGAGCCCCGAAAUGCCUUUCUACCCCCGGGUCGUGUACCCGAUCCGGGCCCCGCUGCCCGAAGACUUUCUGAAAGCGUCCCUGGCCUACGGGAUGGACAGGCCCACGUACAUCACCCCGUCCCCGCUCCCGUCCUCCACGACGCCCAGCCCCUCGGCCAGGAGCAGCCCUGACCGGAGCCUCCACAGCUCCAGCCCUCACAGCAGCCCCGGGAACACCGUGUCGCCCCUGGCCCCCGGCUCGCAGGAGCACCGGGACUCUUACUCCUACUUGAACGCGCCCUACGGCACCGAAGGCCUGGGCCCCUACCCGGGGUACGCGCCCCCACACCACCUCUCCCCAGCCUUCCUCCCCUCCUACAGCGCUCACUACUCCAAGUUCCUCCUGCCCCCCUACGGCAUGAACUGCAACGGCCUGAGCACCGUGGGCAGCAUCAACGGCGUGAACAACUUCGGCCUCUUCCCCAGGUUGUACCCCGUGUACAGCAACCUCCUCGGAGGGGGCAGCCUGCCUCACCCCAUGCUCAACCCGGCCGCCCUCCCCGGCUCGCUGCCCUCGGAAGGAGCUCGGCGGCUGCUUCAGCCUGAACACCCCAGAGAGGUGCUGGUCCCAGCGCCCCACAGUGCCUUCUCCCUCACGGGGGCCGCCGCCAGCAUGAAGGACAAGGUGUGCAGCCCCACCAGCGGGUCCCCCACUGCAGGCACGGCGGCCUCGGCGGAACACGUGGUGCAGCCCAAAGCUACCUCAGCAGCCAUGGCGGCCCCCAGCAGUGACGAGGCCAUGAAUCUCAUCAAAAACAAAAGAAACAUGACUGGCUACAAGACACUCCCCUACCCGCUGAAGAAGCAGAAUGGCAAGAUUAAGUAUGAAUGCAAUGUCUGCUCCAAGACCUUUGGCCAGCUCUCCAACCUGAAGGUCCACCUCAGAGUGCACAGUGGAGAACGGCCUUUCAAAUGUCAGACUUGCAACAAAGGCUUUACUCAGCUCGCCCACCUGCAGAAACACUACCUGGUACACACGGGAGAAAAGCCACAUGAAUGCCAGGUUUGCCACAAGCGAUUCAGCAGCACCAGCAAUCUCAAGACCCACCUGCGACUCCACUCCGGAGAGAAACCUUACCAGUGCAAGGUGUGUCCCGCCAAGUUCACCCAGUUCGUGCACCUGAAACUCCACAAGCGCCUACACACCCGGGAGCGGCCCCACAAGUGUGCCCAUUGCCACAAGAGCUACAUCCAUCUCUGCAGCCUCAAGGUCCACCUGAAGGGGAACUGUCCUGUGGCCCCCACCACGGGGCUGCCUUUGGAGGACCUGACCCGAAUCAAUGAGGAAAUCGAGAAGUUUGACAUCAGUGACAAUGCCGACCGGCUCGAGGACAUGGAGGACAUCGAUGUGACCUCUGUGGUGGAGAAAGAAAUCCUGGCCGUGGUCAGGAAGGAAAGAGAAGAAACUGGCCUGAAAGUGUCUUUGCAAAGAAGCAUGGGGAAUGGACUCCUCUCAGGGUGUAACCUUUAUGAGUCAUCAGACCUGUCCCUCAUGAAGUUGCCUCCCAGCAACCCACUACCUCUGGGACCUGUCAAGGUCAAACAGGAAACAGUCGAACCAGUGGAUCCUUAAGAUUUUCAGAAAACAGAGUGUUAUGUUUUGUUUAACUUAAUGACUUGGCAAGUCAGGGUGCCUGUAGCAAACUACUUGUACAUAGACCCGGUUCUGCAAAGCUCUCCUGACGGCAGGUGCCGCUCCCUCACCUGUCUGGAACUACAGAAGGAACUCCAAAGUUGCUGAAAUCUCAGGGCGAAAACGCAGCAAAGACAAUCUAUAUACAUAUUAUAUAUACUUAUUUACACCCAUAUAUAUAUAUGUGUGUGUAUAUAUAUAUAUUUGAACCUGUGUAUUUUGAAUAUUGUGUGUGCAUAUGUUUGCAUAGCCUUCCCAUUGCUAAGACUAUUGCCUAGCCAUAAUUAUUUUUUCAAUGAUAAUUCUUCAUAAUUUAUUAUACAAUUUACCAUUUAAGAAGCAAUAAUUAAAAACGUUUACAAUGACUGGAAAAAUUCCUUCUAAUUUGAGUAUAAAGGUUAUAUUUUUGUCUUGUGGCCAUUCUUUGUAGACAAUUUCUGCACAUCUGUUUAAGUACCUAAGAUUUAGUAAACAAAUACAUUAUACUUCAGUCAACCUCCCUUUACAGUGAUGGUUUGAAAGUGAGGUUUUGGUAUUGCCAAAGUCAGACAGUUGAUGUGUUAAUUUGUAGGAUCAUAUCAUUUGAACAGCUAUGUGUAAUGUGGGGGUAUGUGUGCAGAAUUACCCAGUAAUAACUCCAGUAGAUAAACAAGAAAGGGAAUCUUGUAUGUUUCUGUAGCUAGUGCAGUUAUUUUUCCCCAGCCACAGAUUUACGAGAAAAGUGACAAGGCCCUGCCAACCUGUUUCCCUCUCCAAAAAACCUGUCUCCCUCUCCCACUCCAAAGUCAUGUGACCAUGCAGGGUUGCCACGUGACUUUUGCAUCCCACCUUAUUAUCUGAAAAUGUGAAGAAGACCAAUUGCCAUGUUUAAAACCACUGCGAAGCGUCCCCAAAGCACAGACGGUUUUAUGUGUAUGAGGUUUGGGGACUUGAGUCUGGGUGAUGUUUUUGUUGUGGAUUUUUUUUAUGUCAAAAAUUGCACAGGCAUAGUGCUCUACCAGGGAGGUAGAUUGGCUCCGGCCAUACUUUAAAACAAUCAAACAAAACCAACCACCAAUAAGCGGGUAUUCUCGUUGUCUUAGGGUAAAGGCGGGUAAUGAGCAUUCCUGUCCCCAACACAUCAAUUGUAUUCUUUCUGUAAAACUCAGAUUUUCCUCAGUAUUUGUGUUUUUACACUUUAUGGUUAAUGUAAUUGAAGAUGAAAGGGCAUUGCAAAGUUGUUCAACAACGAUUACCUCAUUGAUUGUGUCCAGUAGUGCAGGAAAUGAUGUCUUAUCUAGUGAUUUGCUACUCAGACAAAACUAAAUGUGCUCCAGAAAGAUGGACCGAUGCCAUUCUGUCUCUUACUCUGCCGCCCAAAGAUGACAUGUCGGCAUUCAAGGUGUAGCAAAGAAUGAUGUAUAUUUAUAAAUCUAUUUAUACCACUAUACUGUGUAUAUAUAAUAUAUUUAUAACCACUUUUAAAUUGUGAGCCAAACCAUGUAAAAGAACUUAUUUUUCCUAAGGGCAAAACAAAAAAAAAAGAAAGCCUUCUCUGAGACUUUGUUUAGCACUCAGUGACCUCACAAUCAUACUGAUGAGCUUAGCACCCCAACCAUUGUAAGAGACCCUCAACCUUGGUGCAUGGGAAGGACCACAUAGCCAGGGAGAAAGAGAGACGUUGCUCUUUACUAUCAAGGACAAUCUAAGAUGGCUUUAUUGCUCCUUUGUCACAUUAUGGUUAUGUGGUCAUACCCAAGUCAUGGAAAUAAAAAUUCCAUUAUUCUUUAU